CAGCCCACUCCCACUCCCACAGCAUCUGCCCCUGGCUCCUGUGCGGAACAAGGGCCAGGGAGAAAGAGGAGAGCAUCCAUCAUCCUCUUUGUCAGGGAGAUUGUUCUCUUCCUCCCUUGCCAGGCUCCCUCUGCUUUGCCUCGCUUCGUUUUCUCCCUUCAGAAGAGAGGGAUCGAGAGGAGGACUUCGACUCACCCAACUUCCAGCCAGAGCCAGAGGCUGCCUUGCUCUUUCCCAGGAAAGUCCACUGGAAGAUGGAGCCAGCCCAAGUCUUCUAGGCUGCUCUUCUGGGUGGGAGUUUCCAAGCCUCUCCUCUGCUUCUCGAUCCUUCAGCCAUGGAGGGAGAUCUCAACAGCAGCUCUCUUGGCUUGGCCAACGGGAGUCUGGACGGGGAGCUUCAGCACCAAGGACAGCUCUCUGCGCCGGUCUCCGUCCUCUUGGCUGCGCUGAUGGCGCUGGUGGUGCUGGCCACUGUCCUGGGCAACGCCUUGGUCAUCCUGGCUUUCGGGGUGGACAGCAGCCUCCGGACCCAAGGCAACUUCUUCUUCCUCAACUUGGCCCUCGCCGACCUCCUCGUAGGUGGCUUUUGCAUUCCCCUCUACAUCCCUUAUAUUCUGACAGGUGAAUGGAAGUUUGGAAAGGGUUUAUGCAAACUCUGGUUGGUGGUCGAUUAUCUGGUGUGCACAGCCUCCGUUUUCAACAUUGUCUUGAUCAGUUUUGACAGAUUCAUCUCGGUUACGAAGGCGGUGAGUUACAGAGCCCAGAAGGGGAUGACCAGGAAUGCAGUAGUGAAAAUGGUAAUGGUUUGGGUUGCUGCUUUUCUCCUGUAUGGUCCAGCAAUCAUCAGCUGGGAGCACAUCACCCAACGCAGCAUUGUUCCCGAGAAAGAGUGUCAUGCAGAGUUCUUCUACAACUGGUACUUCCUCAUGAUUGCUUCCACCAUUGAGUUCUUCACACCUUUCAUCAGUGUUACUUACUUCAACUUAAGCAUUUAUUUCAACAUUCGGAAACGGACGCCUGUAAGAGCUGAGAACCUCCCUCCAGGCGAAAGGGACUGUGAGAUGUGCUCGCAUGGGAAGAAACAAGAGCACGCUAUCUUUUUUAUGAAAGUGAACAGAAAAAGAAACCAAGAGAGAAGUGGAAGCCUCUCUCCUACUAAGCUAGCCAUGUCAAGGCUCAAUGGUCAGAACCAGCGUAACCAGUUGGUAGAAUUUAACAUCAACCAAGAACUUCCACCUUUACAAGUUGACGUUCGGUCCAAGUCUCCAUGGGAUGGUUUCUACAAAGCUCUAGAAAGCAUUUCCAAUACCACUAAAAGGACAGAGGUUGCCAAUACCAUGGCUAGCCGAUUCAGGCUUUCCCGGGAUAAAAAAGUGGCAAAAUCUUUGGCCAUCAUUGUCUGUGUCUUUGCUGUGUGUUGGGCUCCAUAUACCCUCCUGAUGAUCAUCAGAGCAGCUUGCCAUGGGCAGUGCAUCCACCAUGCUCUCUAUGAGGCUUCAUUUUGGCUCCUGUGGCUGAAUUCAGCCAUUAACCCCAUUUUGUAUCCCUUGUGUCACAUGAGCUUUAGAAAAGCAUUUUUUAAACUGUUAUGUCCAGGCAAGGCUAAAAUUCACCCUAAUAUUUUCACAUGACAAGAUGCAAGGUGAGAACAAGGCAUUUUAACAUGGAUGAACUUAGCAUCUCAAAAGAACUGUGACUAUAUGCUCAUCCAAGCUAACAACUCAUCCAGUUUAGAAAAAUGGCCUUGGACCAUUCGAACCUUAAGACUAAAGUCAAAAGCUACAGAAACAUUUGUCUGAAUCUUUUUGGCAAUGCCAGAGAAAUUUACAAGGCUUAGCUCUCUUUUGAGAUUUGUAACUACUAUCUUACACUAGUAAGAUAUACAAUGAGUAUGGACUAAUCUAUAAUCAAAAUUUGGGACAUUUUUAAGGCAAUCUCGGUUUAUAAGCAAGAGUCCAAACUGCUGCCUGGUAACCACCGAUACAAUUCUGUUUCCACUGCUGAAAGAUAGUGCUCUAUCAGUUGGACACUGUA